GGUUGUUGAGUCAUGUAUACGACAGGAUGAUCCUGGAUGGUGUGAAACCAGAAAAGGAUGAUGGAAACAACUUGAAUGCAGAGGAUGUUGCACCCCUUAAGUUGGCAUAUCUCACAACACAAAACAUGGGUUACUCAUGUUUUUGUAACCAAAGGAGCGGGCUAUGCUGGUUUUCACGCUACACUACGCCUUCUUAAGGACUCUAAUCGUGUAACCACGGUGGAUAAUCGAUCUUGUGGAAACAUAUGUGCUGUUAAAGUUAUUCAAGACAUGUUUCCUAAACCUGGGAGACUUCAAUUCAUUUAUGUUGUUCUAGGAGAUGCAAAAGUUGUAUCCUACUAAGCAUAAAAAAUAAAUUUUCAUGACAUAAAUUUUUUUGGGCAUGCACUUGGACAAUUGUGUUGGUUCUUUUGGAAGUUUUUAAUGCUUGAAUUAUCAUCAAUAGAUUUGUUAA